AUGGUAGUUGAUAUUGAUGGCAAAGUUACCAUCAAUGCUAAGUUGUAUGCAACAGGGCUCAGAGCUGUUGAGGUGAUAGGUAACCCAACUGUAGAGCUCACAGAUGCCACUCUCACGGGCAUCACGUUACGUUUUGAUGAUCCCGAUUACACGGGUCUGAAUAAAACCAUAGAUGCAUACCUUGGGGUGCCCUUCGCAGAGCCUCCAGUGGGAGAGCGAAGAUUCACCGACCCUGAACCCUUGGUUCUUCAGGGAGACUACAAUGCUACAGAGGACAAGGCAGAGUGUCCACAGCUGAGUCCUUUCGAUGACUGGACACCAAUUACGCUACCUCCGCUACUGCCGAUUCCUACCCUGUCGGGGCCGAUCCCUACCCUGCCGGGGCCGAUCCCGACUCGAACGAUUAGUGAAGACUGCCUGUAUCUUAGCAUCUACACACCAUCGCCAAAGCCCUCCAGCUUUGUUCCCGUCAUGGUCUGGAUACACGGAGGAGGUUAUGCGAUUGGAGGAGGCUCUGAGAUCAUCUAUGAUCCGAUACCUAUCGUGGCCUAUGCCGACAUCAUCGUCGUCAACGUGAAUUAUCGACUAGGAGUGUUUGGUUUCUUCACCACUGGAGACGAUGUUGCAACAGGCAAUUAUGGCAUGAUGGAUCAAGUUCUCGCUCUCCAGUGGAUUCAGGAUAACAUUGAAGAAUUUGGCGGUGACCCGAACCAAGUGACAAUCGCAGGGGAGAGUGCUGGUGGAGGGAGUGUAAGCCUUCACAUGUUGUCUCCACUGUCUGAGGGUCUCUUCCAGCAAACUAUCAUGCAGAGCGGUAAUGCUGUAUGUCCCUGGGCUUGGACUACAAUGGAGCGAGCCACGGAGGGACAUCGCCAGUUGGCCGAAGCAGCCGAGUGUCCUACCGAUGACAGUAACGCCAUGUUAUCCUGCAUGCGUGAUGUUGAUGAGGCCACACUUACUAGGCUUGCAAUGCUGGAAGGUAAUGGCGCUAUCUCCGCUCCUGCUGUUGAUGGACAUUUCCUACCUGAAGAUCCUGUCGAAAUGGUCAAACGCCGACAGUUCAAGGUGCUGCCAAGCCUGCUCGGGAGCAACGAAGACGAAGCCGCCAUCAAUUUCGCGUUCUUUGAUCUUCCCAGCUCCUUGUUCGAACCUCCCAUCGUUAACAUCUCCCUCUUCAGAUCCAUUCUCCCAAGACUCCUAUACAGUGCCGAAGCAUCCGUCGAGAUAGCCGCAGUUGAACAGCAUUACAUUAAUUGGCGAAUUGCAGACAACGCCUCGGCCAAUCAGGUGGAUGGCCUGAUACGACUUUCAACCGAUCAGACUUUCGCUUGUCCUACAGAAUACUACGCACGUGCACUGGAGGCAGCCGGAGCGGAAGUGUACCGGUACGAGAUGACGCAUGACCCUUCUUGGUCUGUUUACGCGGGAGUUCCGCAAUGGACCGGGGCUUCCCAUGCAGAGGAUCUGCAGUAUGUUUUUGCGUGGGGAUUGAACCCGCCCUUGAAUCGGGUGGUCGGGCAGUCUGAUGAGGAGAAGUUCAUGUCCAUUGAAUUCAUGCGAUACUGGACGAACUUUGUGAAAUCUGGAAAUCCGAACGAACCAAUAAUGACAGAUGAGUACCCAGAAUGGCCAAGAUAUACCAUGCCCGAACAGGAAUACAAACAAUUAUCUCUAAAUAUGACCAAUGAUCGGGCGAUGAGGGCGGCAUCGUGUUCUUUCUGGCUGAACUACAUGACGGGAUUGCACCUUCAGACAGCUCCAGUUGAGGAAGUAUACGAAGACUGGGUGAAGAAUUAUGAGCUUUGGCGGGAUACAGACAUGCCUAGCUGGACCGAAGAAUUCGAGAAGUAUCAAGAUGAAAACACCUGCCCUACUGCUUCACCUUCUCCUUAAUCUCCUUAUUGUCUACAAUCAGAAUUGAAAUUUAUCAAAUUAGAAUAAGCCUUUGAAAAUCACAGAUACUGAAGUCCUAUGUCAUUUGACUCUGAUCAAUAUUGAUCAUGAUGCUUUGUCGACUUUAGUAGGCAUGAUCAAUUUUUUUUUGUAUUAUAACAGCAAUAAUGAUAAU